CUGCUUAAGGUUCCGGAGGGUUUCUGGAGCACCAAAGAGGAACCGCGGUAUUUAACGAAGGACGUCGAAUUUGUCACAGCCACGCAGUAGCAUUUGACCCACUAAUACAGCGACAAUGAAUAGUAACAUUAGGAUCGUCCGCUCCCUCGUGCAAGAGCUGCGCCGGGUCUCGCAAAAUAAGAGUACGAGAGAUAACGCAAUGUUACAGUAUGUCAUAGAGCAAGCGCAUGCUCAUAAAGAAACGUCCGAAGUUUUGUGUAAAGCGCGGGAAGAAUUGACGAAUUUAGCAGAGAUGUAUCUAUGCUACCUGAGGUCUCAACAGGCGUGUAAGGAUAUUCAUAAGCAAUACGCUGGUAAAGGUGAACGUAGCAUAAAGGAAACUGCGGACCUCGUGGGUUUCAAACUACCUCAUGAUCCAAAAUAAAGUGGAUUAAAGUAGAAAUUUUUAAAUUGUUGUUAGCGUGACUGUUGUUAUUCUCUGCGCUAUGUCUAUAGUUAUUGUAUUUGUACAAAGAUGAUCUAAGUAGUGAUUUUCAUUAAAGAUUGUCAAAUCGUUUCA